UUUUCAUGAAUAAUUCUCUCUGUUUAUAUCCAGUAGUGCUGUAAUUAGUAGGAGAUAAUCAGAGAUAGAUACAGAAGAUGGAAGGAAGUUCCAAGAGGAGCUCAAAAGGGAACAAAGAGAAAGACGUGUAUCAUAUUAUACACAAGGUUCCAUACGGUGAUACUCCUUAUGUCAGAGCCAAACAUGCCCAGCUAGUUGAAAAGGAUCCAGAAGCGGCUAUAGUAUUGUUUUGGAAGGCAAUAAACGCCGGAGAUAGAGUGGAUAGUGCCCUGAAGGACAUGGCAGUAGUGAUGAAACAACUUGAUAGAGCUGAAGAAGCGAUUGAAGCUGUCAAGUCUUUCAGACGCCUUUGCUCCAAACAGGCCCAGGAAUCGCUUGAUAACGUCCUCAUCGACCUAUACAAGAAAUGUGGGAAAAUAGAGGAGCAGAUUGAUCUGCUAAAGAGAAAGCUAAGAUCGAUCUACCAAGGAGAGGCCUUCAAUGGAAAACCCACCAAGACAGCACGCUCUCAUGGAAAGAAGUUCCAAGUUUCUGUUAAGCAAGAAACUUCGAGAUUAUUGGGCAAUCUGGGGUGGGCCUACAUGCAGAAAUCAAACUUUAUGAUGGCAGAGGUAGUGUACCAGAAGGCCCAGAUGAUCGAUGCAGACGCAAACAAGGCUUGCAACCUGGGCCUCUGCCUGAUCAAACAGGGUCGAUUUGAUGAGGCCUACUCUGUUAUUCAAGACGUAUUGCAGGGUAGACUUCCCGGCUCCGAUGAUUGCAAGUCAAAGAAACGGGCGGAGGAGUUGAUAAUAGAACUGAGGUCCAGCUGGGAGCCUUCACUGGAGUCGUUGGAUCUAGUGGGACUUGAUAAUGAUUUUGUCGAGGGGCUUGAACAGUUGAUGAAUGAAUGGGGCCCAUUUAGAUCAAAGAGAUUGCCCAUCUUUGAAGAGAUCUCUUCAUUUAGAGAUCAGUUGGCAUGUUAAAAUAUUAUUCUUUCCUCUUUGGAUUUCUCUUGUUCAUAUUUAUAUAGUUUGAAAUGUGGGGGGGUGAGAAAAUAUAUAGUUCUUUGGGAGUAAAAUAGAACAAGGUUCCCUUGUAAAUAAUGGGCCAAAAAAAUUGUAAUCCUUGGAAAAGAACCAAGUGCUUU